AGUCUAAGUCACGAUGUAGCAUUGUUUGUGGGACAUUAUUGAGAGAGAGAGAGAGAGAGAGAAAAUCAGGCUGUCCAGUGAGAGGAGAUGGAUCAAUCCCCUGCAGUGCGUUCCGAAUAUCUGGUCUCAGGGAUUCGAACUCCUCCUGUCCGAAGGAACAGCAAGCUAGCCACGUUAGGCAGGAUCUUCAAACCAUGGAAAUGGAGGAAAAAGAAAAAUGAGAAGCUAAAGCAGACAUCAGCAGUGUUAGAGAAGAAGACAACUGCAAGGCAAGGUCGGGACGAGCUAAUUAAGAAAGGCCUUCUGGAAAUUAUGGAACAAGAUUCUGAAGGCAAAGCAUGCACUGCUGACGGUGCCACCAGAGCAAUGCUGAGUGACCCUUCAUCCCCCACAUGCCAGGCACUUACCUCAGAAGAGACGCAGCAGGAACAUAUAUCAGCCACAACCAAUGCCACCUCAAUUGGCGAGGAGCUGCAUUCGGAAGAGCUGAGAGAAGAUUCAGCCAAGAAGGCAUCAGCUUCUGCAGACGAACGAGAAAAUGCCAGCCUGCCAGCCUCCGAAGAGAAUCCACAAGCCUUACUUCUUUCGGAAUCCGUGGAAUCGCCCCAGAAACAGAUGGAGAGGAACUCAGCACAGCUCCCCAGCCCUCCUCCAUCGCUUCCAAUCCCACCACCUAAGACUGUCUCCAAAGUCUCAAAGAUUGUAGCAGGACAAGCUGCUGCCUUCCAGCCCUCAGGCCAGAAAGUCUCCGAUCCCCACCUCAGAGGGCAGCAUACAACGCCAACUGGAUCCCCUCACCUAGGUGCCAUCCACCUGCCUUUACCUCCCAGCCGAGUCAUCGAGGAACUUCACAGAGCUCUGGCCACAAAACAUCGGCAGGAUAGCUUUCAUGGAAGAGAAAUCAAAGGGUCUCCCAAGAAGCGAAUGGACAUCCGCCCAUCGAGAACAUCCAGCAUUGAACACAGCAAAGAGAAAGAGACUUCGGUGAGCUACAGUAGUGAUCCGGAGAACAAGCGGAAUUCUGUUAAGGAGUCAGAUGAGAACAAAGAGAACCUGAUUAUGAACUCUGAAAUCAAGGAUGACUCUGUUUUCUAUCAGGAUGAAGAGGUCUUGAACGACUCCAUAAUUUCUGGUACUUUGCCAAGAAAAUGCAAGAAAGAGUUGCUGGCAGUGAAAUUGCGGAACAGGCCAAGCAAACAGGAGCUGGAAGACAGGAACAUUUUCCCCAGGAGGACUGAUGAAGAGAGACAGGAAAUCCGGCAGCAAAUUGAAAUGAAACUUUCCAAGAGACUGAGCCAAAGACCUGCUGUUGAGGAGCUAGAAAGAAGAAAUAUUUUGAAACAAAGGAAUGACCAAACAGAACAGGAAGAAAGGAGAGAGAUCAAGCAGAGGCUGACAAGAAAGCUUAAUCAAAGACCGACAGUUGACGAAUUAAGAGACAGAAAAAUCCUGAUUCGAUUCAGUGACUAUGUGGAAGUGGCAAAAGCACAGGAUUAUGACAGACGAGCAGACAAGCCAUGGACAAGGCUCUCAGCAGCUGAUAAGGCAGCCAUACGUAAAGAGCUAAAUGAGUACAAAAGUAACGAAAUGGAGGUGCAUGCAUCAAGCAAGCAUUUGACAAGAUUCCACAGGCCAUAGAGAAUUUCUUCUGAGAAGAAUUUGUCUACUUUUUUUGAUACCACUACUGAACAUGCAUCAGGGAAAGAAUGAAGGUCUUGAGGUUCAGUCUAUGACAAGUUGAUGUUUCAUGUUCAAGGAAGACUCUGCAGAUUCAAUCUCUGCGGCAUACACUUAAAAAUGAGGAGCUACCAAAGGAUGGUCUUCGCCUUGGAGCUGCAACACUUGUGGGGUGGGAGGAUUAGUUGAAAAUGACUGAAAUCGAGCUCAUCAGAAAGGAACCUAUUGCUCUCCUUUAUUACUUGUUAUUAAACUGUAUUGCAGCAUAUCUUGGGAAAGGAGAUGUUGUGCAUGUACAGGCUUUACCAUUCCAAGGCCUCUGGCAUAAUGGACAUGGCGCACACCAUCAUUCAGUAUUAUCAUGGUGACAAGACAUCUGGAACUUAUCACAAUUAGUUUGUAUAAAACACUUAAUUUCAUGUUGUUAUUUACUAUAUUAUGGUUUCUUUUUUUAUAUAUGUCUUAACAAAAACACAGCUGCGGCAUUUUGGG